CCUCGUGAAUUUGACGUCACGGAUAGCCAACCGCCCAAUAACAAGUUGUCUCAUUUUGUGCAAUCUAAUUGGCGGUGGUCACCCGAAAGGUAUAUAAGGUGACGUGUUCGAAUGUCACGUUUUGAGGAAAUAGCGUAGUGACCAAAGGAUCAUCGGUGAUUAUUUGUAUUUCCGACGAAGAGCGACGUACGCAGUGCAUCCUCUUUUACUGUCGCUCUCUGCUGCUGCUCGAGGAAGAACGAAGAGAGAUGUCUUUCAUCUCGCCUAUGCCCAGCCAGCAAUUUCUUUGGGAUGUGUUCCAAAGGGUUGACAAGGACAGAUCUGGUUCAAUCACCGCAGACGAGUUGCAGCAAGCUCUCUCGAACGGUACAUGGACGCCCUUUAAUCCAGAGACAGUUCGGCUGAUGAUUGGUAUGUUUGACACUGACAAAACUGAUCCUGCUACAGGUAUGUUUGAUAGGAAUCAAACAGGAACCGUCAGCUUCGAUGAAUUCGGAGCGCUGUGGAAAUACGUUACUGACUGGGAGAAUUGCUUCCGCUCGUUCGACCGUGACAACAGUGGUAACAUCGAUCGCAACGAAUUGAAGACUGCUCUCACGAACUUUGGCUACCGACUAAGUGAUCAGACGAUCGACAUGCUUAUACGAAAGUACGAUCGCGCGGGACGCGGUACAAUAUACUUCGACGACUUUAUACAGUGCUGCAUAGUCUUACACACUCUGACAUCGUCCUUCAGACGACUGGAUACUGAUUUGGAUGGUGUCAUAACAAUACACUACGAACAAUUUCUGAGUAUGGUAUUUAAUCUUAAGAUAUAAAUUAUAUGAUGCCCGUGCACAUAUAUCUCUUUCUUGCCUAUUGGCGACAUAUUAUUCAAAGCUUCUAGGGAUGCCAAAUAAGGACGAAAGUUUCACUUCUGUGUGAAAAGAUCGAUGGAAUCUCCAAAUUUAAUAUUUAUUAUUUGUUCUUUUACAGUAUUAAUGAAAUUUCUCGUAAAUUAGUGCAGAUUCUAAAAGUAAUUUCAAAUUGAAAUGUAUGUGUGUGUUUAAUCUGCUACUACCUUGAUUUCCAACAAAUUUUAUUACACUCACGAUCGAACUUUAUCACAUUCCUACUUUCAUAUAUAUUAUAAUCGUACUUUAUUUCUUAAAAAAAUCUUACUAAUGUAAUAAAUGUCGAACCAAGUUAUAAAAUUUGAGAGAUCUAAAGCUGCACGGUAAACAAACGAUUUUUGCCAACGAUUUCUCUAGAGAUUUAGUAUCAAAGUAUAUUCACUGAAGAAGUGAUGUAAUUUUUUAAUGCAAGUCAAUUACAAUAUUAGUUGAUAUUUCCUACAAAACUGAUCACUGAUUAACAAUACACAAACUUGCUUGAUUGAUUUGAAUGUAACGACUCGAUGUACAAGCUCGCUGUUACACGUUGAAUGUUAUCUGAUGAAAGAGUUUACGAAUUUUUAAACGUGCGUUUAAUUAAUUUAAGCUACAACAAGACGAUGUGAAAUAUGUUUCCUACAUUUCUUAAUGUACUAUUGCUAUAAUUGUUACACGUCAGUGCAGAUGAAUAUUUAUGGAUAUAUGAUGUUCAUAGUUAUGUAUUUUUCUAUUAUUAUUGUAUUAACAUUUACAAUAAACGAUCAAGAUAUA